UCCUUGCGAUGGAGGCUUCCAAGGAGACCAUGUCCCUGCUGGAAAACGGCAUGAUCACCAUCAUCCAGGUGUUCCACAAGUACUCCGGGCAGAACUGCAAGCUGAGGAAAGCGGAUCUGAAGGCCCUGGUCAACAACGAGAUGAGUCAUUUCAUCAAGAACAUCCAGGAGAACGAAACCCUGGAUGAGCUCUUCACAGACCUGGACCAGAAUGCCGACCUGGAAAUCGACUUCAAGGAGUUCAUCAGUCUGAUCGCCAUGGUAACCUCCGCCUGCCACGAACUGUUUGUCCCAAACUGUUACAGCAGCUAG